CCUCUGGCCCGCGGCCACCCAGCCGGCCGUGUCUCCUGCAGCCUCCCCUGCAGCGGCUUUGCCGGUCUCCGCUUCGCUGUGCUCCCUCCGCGCAGUACGAGGGAAGAAGAAUUUAAAUGGCUUUUACAAGAAGAGGUCCAUGCUGUUUUGAAACAGCUGCAGGAUAUUUUGAAGGAGGCCUAUCACCGGUUCGCCCUGCCCACCAGCAGCUCGGGAGGAGCUGUCAAGCAGGAGAACUUUGUGCUGAGCACAUCAGGCACAGACCAGGUGAAAGGUGUGUUGACGCUGCAGGGUGAUGCCCUGUGUCAAGCUGAUGUUAAUCUGAAAAUGCCCAGAAAUAAUCAGCUCCUGCACUUCGCGUUUCGGGAAGACAAGCAGUGGAAAUUGCAGCAGAUCCAGGAUGCUAGAAACCAUGUCAACCAAGCCAUUUACCUGCUUAUGAACAGAGAUGUAAACUACGAGUUCAAAACAGGCUCGGAGGUUCUCAAGCUUAUGGAUGCUGUGAUGUUACAGCUUUCAAGAGCCCGAAAUCGGCUUACCACUCCAGCCACUCUGACUCUACCAGAAAUUGCCUCCAGUGGUCUCACAAAAAUGUUCACCCCUGCUCUGCCUCCGGACAUCCUUGUGAAUUUCUAUAUUAACCUGAAUAAGCUGUGCCUGACUGUCUACCAACUCCAUGUGCUGCAGCCCAGCACAACCAAGAACUUCAAGCCUGCUGGAGGAUCCAUUUUACACAACCCUGGAGCCAUGUUUGAGUUUGGUAACCAGCGGUAUGAAGUCAGCCAUGUCCAUAAAGUGGAAUGUGUUGUACCAUGGUUAAAUGAUGCCCUUGUCUUCUUCACAGUUUCACUGCAGCUUUGCCAGCAACUGAAGGACAAGAUCUCUGUUUUCUCCAGUUACUGGAACUACAGGCCAUAUUAAUUCUCUGUGGAGUGUCCAAGUCCUUACAGUACUUCCAGUGUCUCCCUGUUUGUUUUCAACACAUCAGCUGAGUCCAAGUCAGCCUGAGGAGUGCUCUGGUUCACUACCAUGUGGCCCUCCUGUAGGGUAGGGUCAGUGUAUCUAGACACAACUUUAUUAGCCUUGUCUGGGCCUGCUGCAUAAGCAGGGCACCAAACAAUGCUUUGUGGUUGGUGAGAGCUCCCACCUGUCUUUGUUCUCAUGUGUGUUGUGUGGUUUACAGUUUCCAAGCCCCUGAUGAAGUACACUAGUCCAUUACAAGGGAUGGGGAGCUGUGGACCACUCUCACUAACUGUAUUUGCACACAGUGCUGUAACUAACUGCUGGACUGUGAGCAGGCUGGGAAGGGAUGAAGACGAAUUUAACACCACAGAAGGUGUAGGGCAUGCUGCUCAUUGUAGUGAAAUAUGUUGCUGUGAUCAGGGCCAGCUGUGGUUAUGACCAGCCCUAAGCUUCUCCCUCUCCUAUCUGUUCUGUCCAUGCCCAUGUUAUUGAUUCCCCUUUGGGGAUAUUUUUGCUGCUGUUUGAACUCAUUUUUCCCUGGCAUCAAUGUGAUAAUUUUUUUUUCCUAAGCCCUAGUUGGGCCAAUUGGUUUUUUCCAGGUUUAGUGUCUUGUUUUCACUGCCAGUCUUUGGAGCUGCCUCAGUACCUUGACCACAGCUGUGCAGUCUCACAUCCUGUCAUUAAACCCAAAGAGAAGCUAUAGUUCUCAGGAGUAAAACCUUCCCUGGUGGCACCUGUCUUUUUCCCUUUUGCUCAGGGAAUCUCUGCUUAUGUCUUCAGGGUAUAGAGGUCUGCUGCUUAGAUCCACUGGCUGCCUGCUUUUGAUGGGUCUAGCAGUUGAGUUGUUGCUGCCUGGAUGCUGCUAGUUCUGGAGCCACAGAAGACGCUGAUCCAUGGACCUCUGCUUGAUGAGCUUCUACAUGCUCUUCAAAAAGGAAUUAGAGUUGCCUCAACUAAGAUGGAGAAGGCACUUGCUAGGCAGCUUUCAACAACAGCACUGCAGCAGGCUAAUGACAGAGCAGAACCACAGACUAAGACAGCAAUGAAGAAAGUUUUUUUUUUUAUGGCUGCCUCUAGUCUGUCUCAGUCUGAGCAGCUAUUUCUGCAUUGUCCACAGAAUAGUGACAGACAGUGAGCAGAAUCCCAGGCUAUGCUUCCCAGCAUCUCAGCACUGAGCAGACAAUGUCUCCUUGCUGAGCUCAGCUAAGGCUAAAUAUUUGUAAAGAUAUAAUCAUUUUUUCCUGGAGCUGGAGUUGAAACUAAAGGAAUUUGUGUGUGCUGAUGCCAGUCUGCUCAAGUAUUGCCACUGCCAGGACUUGCUUGGAAUUGCACCUAACAUCCCUGGUCUCAUCCUGCCUUCCAGCUGUGGUGGAAACAUUGGAAGGGCAUGUGCCAUCACCCCCAUUCAUGAGUAGGUGCUUGGCUACCUUUCAGGCUGCUGCCUUCAGGAGUCAGUGUUCUCAGGACAGAAUUGGACCUUUCUUGUUCUGUAUGUGCCCCAGCAAAAAUGGUCACUCUGCACUGUCAUGGGAUCACCUGUGGGGAUGCAGAGUCUCACCCUAAAGCAGAGGGGCUGUACCAGUUGAAAACCUGGCUCCACCUGGGACUGGACUGGGCUGCUAGGUAAGGAGUCAAGUUGGAGGCAUUGCUAAUCUUUGGGAUGAAGAACAAGCUUUCUCUUCGGUGCCCCGAGCAUCCUAUCCAAAGGUCAUAGGGAGGAGGGAGCCACUGUUCCCUCAUAUAGAGCAGUUUCAUCUUCACGUGCUUUUGUGUCCCCUGGGAAGAGUGAGGCAAGCUGUUUCUAAAGUUGAUGCAGCACAUAAAGGAAGCUGUCUCAUUGAUGACAUGCACCAAAUGUCUCUGCAGGGACUAAAAGGGUUCCCAGAAGCUGUGGCUGUGCUUUGAAGCAUCUUCAGAGCCUUGUGCUGCCUCUUUAUGGAUGGUCAUAGCCAGGGACAGUGCUAUGCUUUGCUUUCAGUCCUGCUGGAAAUUAAGCCUGUAAUGGAAGGGCUGGAGCCCAAAACCCUGAAAAGCAGCAUAGCUGGGCCUCCCAUUCAGUCAUCUCAAAAGGUAUCUUAGUAUGAGGAUGCUCCACAGUAUGUUUUGGUGAUCAGCAAGUAUGAGCUGGGAAAAGUAUCCCAGCCUCUAGCUGGAGGGAAACAAUAGUUUCUCCUACUCUCUCCUUGCCCUCACCCGUUAGUGGCUACUGUGGCUGCUGGCUCUGCAUGGGGGAGUACCUAUUCUCCAUUUUGGCUGCAGUAGCCGAGAAUGAUCUGUGGCUUGUAGCUGAGAAGUCUGCAUUAAGGUACUGUAUCUUACGGGGAUUGUGGGGUGGACAGACUCAAGUGGGUAUAUUGGCCUAAGAUGACAUUGCAGGUACCAUGCAAGGAGUUCGCAUUCAUCCACAUACAGAGAAUCAGAAGGGCAGUUGCUGAGGUUGUAGAGGAUGAUGGAAGGGAAGUGGCUGGGCAGCCCUUGGCACUCAAGGUGAAGACAAGAGUCUGAUUUGUAGGUGCAGCAGAGGGAAGAAGCAGGAGGCGUCGUUUUGUCCAGUCAUGAGGUGGAGGGGGGUUUAGGGCUGCAUUGCCAGGUUGUCUCUGCCCACUUUCCUUCUGGGAAUCUAGCUGUUUUGGAAAAGGUUGUGUUGUCGUAAAGAGGAGGGAAACAAGACUGCACAUGCAUGAACGCACAAAUUAAAAUAGUCUCCAUGCUUUGUCCGUGCUCAAGCCCAGGUACCACUUCCCUCCCCCAGAACAGUGCAAAAGUCCUGGGUACGUCUGUGCCUGCUCAAACAGAUCCAGCCUUCUCUCUCUUCCCCAUUAGCUUCCCUAUGUGAACAUCAGGGGUGACUGGUGCAGCCACAUGC